GAAGCGGCGACUGCUGUUGGGGAGGUUGGCGGCGUGCGGAUGCAGGUGGCGCGGCACGUCGUGUGCGCCCUGUCCGGUGGGGUGGACAGCGCCGUGGCCGCGCUGCUGCUGAAGCGGAGAGGCUACCAGGUGACGGGGGUGUUCAUGAAGAACUGGGACUCACUAGAUGAACACGGGGUUUGCACUGCCGACAGAGACUGUGAAGAUGCUUACAGAGUUUGCCAGAUCCUAGACAUCCCGUUCCAUCAAGUGUCCUACGUGAAGGAGUAUUGGAAUGACGUGUUCAGUGAUUUUUUAAGUGAAUACGAGAAAGGAAGGACUCCCAAUCCUGACAUAGUUUGCAACAAGCAUAUCAAAUUCAGCUGUUUUUUCCAUUAUGCUGUGGAUAAUCUCGGAGCAGACGCGGUCGCCACAGGUCACUAUGCCAGAACCUCACUGGAAGAUGAGGAAGUCUUUCAGCAGAAGCGCAUUAAGAGGCCAGGAGGGCUUUUCAGAGAUCGGUUUGAAGUUAGAAAUGCGGUAAAGCUUCUGCAAGCAGCUGACAGCUUUAAAGACCAGACCUUCUUUCUCAGCCAGGUUUCCCAAGAUGCCCUAAGGAGAACCCUCUUCCCUCUGGGGGGAUUAACGAAAGAUUUUGUCAAGAAAAUAGCUGCAGAGAACAGACUUCAUCAUGUGCUUCAGAAGAAAGAGAGCAUGGGCAUCUGCUUCGUCGGUAAAAGAAAUUUUGAAAAUUUCAUCCUUCAGUAUCUGCAGCCUCGGCCUGGUAAAUUUAUUUCCAUAGAAGACAAUAGAGUUCUGGGAACACACAAAGGUUGGUUCCUGUAUACUUUGGGCCAGAGAGCCAGGAUAGGCGGCUUGCGCGAGCCCUGGUAUGUGGUGGAGAAGGACAGCACCAAGGGUGACGUGUUUGUGGCCCCCCGGACAGACCACCCGGCUCUGUACCGGGACCUGCUGCGGACCAGCCGCGUGCACUGGAUCGCAGAGGAGCCGCCCGCCGCCCUGGUCCGCGACAAGAUGAUGGAGUGCCACUUCCGGUUCCGCCACCAGAUGGCGCUAGUGCCGUGCGUGCUGACCCUCAAUCAAGACGGCACCGUGUGGGUGACGGCCGUGAAGGCCGUGCGGGCCCUCGCCCCGGGACAGUUUGCCGUCUUCUACAAAGGGGAUGAGUGUCUGGGCAGCGGGAAAAUCCUGCGCUUGGGGCCGUCUGCCUACAUACUCCAGAAGGGCAAGAGCAAGUCCAGGGUGUCCACCGAGGGCCCCAGCGAUGGCCCGGGCAGCGGCCCAGGGUUGGGUCCCACGCUCUGAAGGAGGCGCGGCUGCUGGCGAGCGCCAGGCGUGGACACGGAGGAACAGAGCCUGGGGUGGGGCAGCGAGGGGGAGCUUGGCGGGGUGUGCGGCCCCAGUUCCCUCCAGGCCGGCUGAGCUUCCAGAAAGCCGCCAGAGCCAAGGAGAGCCCCGGAGAGGCCAGCCCUGGCUUCUCCAAGUCGGCGCUCUCUCUGGCCAGAAAGACUUGCUGGCUAGUGGGUGUGUCCCAAGUGCCCCAUUUCUAGAGUGGCUCUUUCAUGCUCCCUGGAAAGUUUCCCACCUGCAGGCACGCAGGGGACCUGGCCGAGGAGGCUGCGGGGACAGCAGCAGUCAAUAAAACAUCUGUCUGGGACACGGA